AUGGCUGCCGUGUUGUGCUCUCUCCUUCUCCUUCAAGCUGUUGGCUUGGUCUGUGCCUCUCCCGUUCAGCCUCAAUCAUGGACGACUACUCUAUGGGAUGUGAUCGUGGUCGGUGCCGGUCCCGCGGGGAUCAUCGUCGCGAGCCGGCUGAGUGAGAGCGGAACGAAGAAAGUCCUCCUCCUCGAGGGAGGCGGGCCAUCCUACGGCAUCACCGGAGGAACCGAGAGACCGCAGUGGUUGGUCGGCACAAAUUUGAGCCGUGUCGACGUACCAGGGCUCUAUGAUACCAUUUUUUCCGGUCCAACCAAUUUGACCUGUGGCCCCAACGAGGUGAACGCUUUCGUGGGUUGCUCCAUCGGCGGUUCCAGCGCCAUCAAUGCCGGAUUGUUUUUUCAGCCACCGGAAUCGGAUUUUGACACCUAUUUCCCCGCGGGCUGGAAGUAUGCUGAUGUCCUGCCUUCCAUCAACCGGCUCUAUCAGACGCAGCCCUCCAGCGACAUCACUUCCGAGAAUGACAUCCUGUAUGAGCAAUCCGGAUAUACGGCGGCCAAGGAGUGGCUUGUGACCGGUGCCGGCUUUUCUGAAGUCGCCAUCAAUACAGACUCUGCAAACAAAACCAAAGUCUUUGGCCAUCCCAUAUACGAUUACAAGAACGGUCAGCGCGGCGGGCCCGCCAUCAGCUACCUGCAAACGGCCUUGACCCGCUCAAACUUCCACCUGCAAAGCGGCGUCUGGGUCAACCGCGUCCUUCGCACAGGCAGUGUAGCCACAGGCGUCGUCGCCAACGCGAGCGGUGUCAUAUCCACCGUUUCUCUAUCCCCCAACGGAAGAGUCAUCAUCAGCAACGGCGCCUUGAAGUCCCCAGAGCUCUUAAUGAAAUCCGGCAUCGGCGACCCGGCCGUCUUGGAACGCCUCCAACAAGCCAACAAGCUCGGCGGCCUCCCCGCUUCCGCCUGGAUCAACAACACCGCCGUCGGCGCCGGCCUCUUCGACAACCCAAACACCUUCAUCGAACUCUCCAGCCCCUCCGUCCAAUCCUACACCUACACCUACAACGACCCUAUCCCCGCCGACGCCUCCCUGUACCUGAAAAGCCGCUCCGGCCCAUACUCCUUCGCCUCCGAAAUCAGCGUCUUCUGGGACUACGUCCCGCACGCCGACGGCACCCGAGCCGGCAUGCAGGGCACCAUCGGCACCGCCGGCUACGACGGCUACACCACCGACCAAACCGUCACCCUCAACAUCUACGGCACCUCGGGCCUGAAAUCCUCCGGCACCGUCGUCCUCGACGCCGACUUCGUCCCCGGGCCCCAGGGCGUCUACUUCAGCGACCCGCAGGACGCGCAGGACAUCGCGGCCUUCAUCCACGCCAUCUUCGCCGCCCUGCCCGCGUCGAACCUCGCCCCGCUCAAUAUCCCGGCCGCGGCGUCCACGGCGCAGAUCCUGACGUACAUCACGACGCCGUCGGCGUACACGGAGGGCGAGGUCAACCACUGGUCCAGCUCGUGCCGGUUGGGGCGCUGCGUGGAUGCGAACACGACGGUCAUCGGGAUGCGGAAUCUGAACGUUGUGGAUGCGUCCAUCGUGGAGCCGUUCACGGUCAAUCCGCAGUUCGGCGUCAUGGUGGCGGCGGAGAGGGCGGCGGAGCUGAUUGCCUUGUUGAUGUGA